CUCACCACAAUGCCACUGGAGGAGCGUCACGAGGCUGAAAACAUUGCUGCCUGGUUAGAGCAAGUAGCCGAAAAGUUUGGCUUCUCCCUCAGUGAAGACGUCCUGGCAGUCGUGCACGACAAUGGUGCAAAUAUCAUUGCAGCUCUUAGGAUCCUUAACCAGAGGCAUGGAUUGGCUUCACAACGGUGUGCUGGCCACACACUUCAGUUAGUUGUUAAUCAUGCCCUGAAGCAAGCGCCCCAAAUWAAMAAGACACUUGRGGCAGCAAGGUCACUUGUAGAAUAUUUCAGAAGGASUGAGCUUGCAAGCACUAAGCUCAAAAACAAACAAAAGUCAAUGGGUGUAAGUGAGCACAAAUUGAUCCAGGAUGUAGCCACAAGAUGGAACAGCUCCUACUACAUGGUGAGUCGCCUCCUGGAGCAGCGGUGGCCAGUGAUCGCAGUCCUUUCAGACCCAGAAAUAACAAAGACAUCAAAGCAUUACCUGGAUCUGAAGACUGGCCAGUAGGCCCUACUGGAGGAACUGGAGCAGGUUCUGAAGCCCUUUGAGGAAGCCACUGUCUUUCUAAGUGCAGAAAAUUAUGUGACUAUCUCUACACUACCCCAGCUGGUGAACGCCCUCCAGAAGUCCACACAGAACAGAUUGUUUGAGUGUGCUCCAGUCAACGCUUUCCAAAUAACUGCAGAAGAGCAGAUAGCUUCAACAUGGGUCAGUGAGACUACAUUCAGCGAGGAUGGUCCCAACGUGUCUCUCCUUGCUGCUGCCCUCAACCCCAGGUACCGCAAGCCCAAGUUCCUGUCACCAGAUGAGAUCCUAAAAGUGCAAGUUAAACUUCAGGGUCUUGCACUUGAAGCCAAGCGAAGGAAUAA